UUUCUUUCUCUUUUCCUUUCUCUUUUAUUUACCUGAGUUUCUGGCUAACGAAAGGGGAAGAUAAGUAUUACUUAUCAUCAUCACAAUCGUCAUUCGUCAGUUGCUUUGUCUCUCAUGUUAAUUAUUUCGCUCAACAAUUAGUGAGAAACUUGAUUGUUCACGACUAAGUUGAAACUUCAUUCUGUUGGUCACAUUGAUUUGAAUCGUUUUCAUCUUAAUCAUGAUUAAUUGAUUAAUCUGUUUAAUUGAUCAACAAAAGUUAAUUUUGUGAACAUGCCGAUCGACACAACUCUAAAUGAUUGUGAUGAAAAUAGUAACUACAUUGAUCCAAACAAUAAUAGUGAUAAAAUUGAAGUAAAUAACAACAAUGAGAUUAAUGUCAAACCAAAUAUCUACAAUCAGAUUAGUUUAAAUGAUUCACUUUCAAUUGAUUUUGACAUUGGUGAUUUUAAUGAAGAUAAUCUUUAUUAUCCUGAUCCAAUACGAUCUUGGCUCGCUGAAGACGCCAACUUGGCUGUUCGAGCUCGAAAUGUUUGUUACACUUAUGGAUCAGGUACGAAUACAACUUGUGUACUUAACAACUUGUCGAUUUCAGUUCCUGUCGGUACUAUUUAUGGCCUUUUGGGUCCGAGUGGGUGUGGUAAAACAACUUUAUUGGGUAUUAUUUCGGGUCUCAUGAAACCAGAAUCAGGACUGGUCAAGGUUUUUGGACAAACUCCUGGUUCGAGGGAAUCAGGUAUGCCGGGUUCUGCCCUGGGGUAUAUGCCACAAGAUACUGCUCUUCAAACUGAUCUAACAGUUUAUGAAACUCUUUGGUACUUUGGUCGACUCUUUUUCAUCCCGACACCAGUUCUAAACAAACGAAUUGAAAGGCUGAUAGAAAUGCUUGAUAUCCCCUAUCCUAAUAAAUUAGUGUCCAGCCUUUCGGGUGGUCAAUCACGUCGAGUCUCAUUGGCCUGUUCAAUUAUCCAUCGGCCAAGAUUAGCCAUUCUGGAUGAGCCGACGUGUGGAGUUGAUCCACUAUUGUGUCAUCGAAUUUGGCAAUUGAUGUACAAAUUUUCAUCGGAGGAAAACAUGACCAUAAUUAUUACCACUCAUUACAUCGAGGAAUGUCGGAAGGCGGGAAUUGUGGGCUUCAUGAGGGCUGGGGAAAUAUUGGAAGAGGACAGUCCACAGGCACUAAUGGAUCGCUAUCAAACUGCUUCACUUGAGCAAAUGUUUUACAAAAUUUGCUUCUCACAGAAACGUCGAAAUACAAUAAUCCGUCGUCGAUUGUCCAGCAAAGGUCCAACAAUCGCACCAGAUGAUAAACAGCGAGAUUUCAAUUCCCCUUACAAAAGUCACCGUGUAUCUCAUCCAAUUCAUUCAUUUUUCUCAUCAAUUUAUACUCUCACUUGGCGAUACUUGAUGCAAAGUUUGCGAUCUCCGAUUUACAUUUUAUUACUCUUCGUCUUUCCAAUCUGUUCACUCGCCAUAAUGUACAUUUGUGUAGGUCAUUCUCCAUUCGAUGUUCCUAUUGGCUGGGUCACUGAUGAUCCAUCCGAUUAUUCAGGGCUUCAUGUUCGAGAGUCUAAUUACUCGAUUGGUUGGCAAACUCAUCGAAUUCCUUACUAUCCUCAAGAACUUUAUGAUGCUAUUGAUCAUAAAGUUCUGAAGAUAAUUAAAUACUCUUCUCUCGAAGACGCAAUAACCGAUGUGAGAAGUUUAAAGUUAAAAUGUGUUGUACACAUGCGACAGUUUUUCUCAGCCUCAUUUCACGAUCGAGUUGAUAUGUUCUCUCAGAAGUCCGUUGAAACUGACACCAUUUCACGAGGAACCAUUUGGGUCUUUGCCGAUCUCUCCGAUCAGUUCAUGUUGACCACUGUAACUGCUUCCAUUGAACUUGCGCUACUCAAGAUUUUCAAUUCAACGGCUCCCGCUUUUAACAGUUCGUAUAUUCAGAGGCAAUUGCCUGUGGCCAUUGGAGAUCCGGUUGAGGGUGGAAUCGAAAAUAUGUUCAAGUUGAAUGUAUCUGAAUAUCUAACACCGGGACUCAUUGUAUCUACUAUAUUCGCAUGUGCAUUUGCAAUCUCAUCGCUGGCACUCAUUUCUGAAUCGAAGGAUAAAAUGUUUGUCCGUAAUUAUGCCACCGGCCUUUCAGCGGGUCAAAUUGUUUUCUCUCAAAUAAUCUCUCGAUUUAUCUUCCUUUCCGUUAACGGAGCUCUCUUCCUCUUCGUCAGUGUUUUCAUCUUCGGUAUUCCUUGUCGAGGUUCAAUCUUUAUUGCGAUCUUCCUUAUCUGGCUUCAAGCGUUAGCUGGAUGCGCAACGGGAAUGUUGUUCGGCUCAAUGUUCCCCGACUUUGAAUCGGCUCUUUACGUCUCUCUUGGUACUUUUGUAUUCAUCACAUCGAUUUCAGGGCUUUUUUGGCCGAUUGAAGCGCUUCCAUAUUACAUUAAACCGAUUUCGUUUAUUUCACCCUUUACCGAAGCAGCGAUCGCGUUGAGAAACGUUAUGAUGAAAGAGAGUCAAAAUUUCCAAGUUAAUAUUCAACCUGGAAUAACAACUUCGGUCGCUUGGAUUUGGGCCAUGAUGCUGGGCUCAACGCUGUUCCUUCAACGACGAGUAUUCGCUUCCUGAUAACUUUUCGUUCAUCAUAAUUAUGCCUCAGGAUCGAUUUCGAUCACAGUUCCCUCGCUUCCACUCGACUCUUCGUCCUUUUCACUUGACUUUUCAUCUGUAAAAUAAAAAUCGAACGAAUAUUAAUAAAUUGAUUCUCGAUAAUCUUUGUUAUCCAAAA